GUCGAGAGAAAGGGCGGGAUCGCGUUGAGAAGAAGCGGUUAUGAAACUGGAUACCAGAGUUCGCCAUGUUGGCUCCUACUGGCGUUGUGUUUUACUUUCGUCUCCCUGCUUUGUGGCGCUCGUACUCGAUGAGUUUUGUAUUCAAAAGUUGUUGGUCGUGCUGCGAGUCAUUGUAUUAUGCUUGAUUUAUUAACGGAUGUUUCUUUUUUUAAAAUCUGAAUGGUUUUUAGUUAAAGUGGCGGUUUAGAGAUGAAGCAGAAGUCUUGAGAUAGACAAAAGAACGAGGGGACAAAAAAAACGUACAUCUACUUCAGAGAGAGACAGAGAAGAGUGAGAACGGAUCAGCCUCACUCAAGGGAAGUUUCUGAGAUGGAAGCAGCUCACAUCAGUCCAGAGCUUCCUGUUCGAUGGGUUGUUUCUGCAGACAGGACUGUUGAGAUCAAGGAGGAAGUGACUGAGCUGGGGUGUGACCAGGCCAAUGAGCGGAUCCUGCAGGAGGAAACGCCACCUUCUAGCUUCACUGAGAGAGGUACAGAUAUGGAGCUUUCUGAACUGGAACCUGUCCCCAUUAAAGAGGAGAGUCCUGUACUUGAACCUGUCCCUGUUAAACCAGAAGCAGUCAAGCUUGAGGCUUUAUUAAAUGAAGGAGAGACAUCUCAUGACUUGUAUAGUAAUGGAGAGGAUGGGGCUGAGCUGGGUUCCAUUCAGAGGAAACGACGCAUCUCCCAGCUGGAGGCUAUCCAAACACAUCCUUCAUCACAACAGCAACCACCCUGUGUGACAGCAAGGUUAAAAAAAAGACACCAGCAAACUCACCCAGCAGAGAAAUCACACCACUGUAACGAAUGUGAGAAGAGCUUCAGUGGAUUAGGAAAACUUAAAGUACACCAGCGAACUCACACAGGAGAGAAACCUCACCACUGCAUUGAAUGUGGAAAGAGCUUCACUCAGUUAGGAAACCUUAAACAACACCAGCGAGUUCACACAGGAGAGAAACCACACCAGUGUAAUGAAUGUGGGAAGAGGUUCUCUCAAUUAGUAACCCUUCAACAACACCAGCGAAUUCACACAGGAGAGAAGCCACACCAGUGUAAUGAAUGUGGGAAAAGCUUCACUCGAUUAGACAGACUUAAAUCACACCAGCUAAUUCACACAGUAGUGAAACACUACCUACUGUGCUGAAUAUGGGCAAAGGCACGCCUUAAAAACCACCAGGAGAUACCUGAUUUCAUUUCAUUCAGGAUGUAGAAAUACUGUUUAAUGAGACAUAAGAAAGUUUACAAACAAGAGGAGGCCAUUCAGCCCAUCUUGCUCGUUUGUUUGUUAGUAGCUUAUUGAGACCAUAAUAUAAUGUACAGAAAUUAUAUAAACUAGUUUUUGAGAAGUGGAAAUUGAAGACAAAGAACAAAGCAUACCGUCUCAGUAUGCUUUGUUUAAAACAUGAAGGUCUCAGCAAGAGAUCUUCAUGUUUUGAACAAAGCAUACUGAGAUGGUAUCUGAAUAUGCUGGUGCUUAAAUUCAGACCCUUGUUACAGCCUGUAAAAAGGGGUGGUGGGUAUCCACUGACAGAUGAGAGACGCAGGAAUUGACUUUGCAACACCACACAGUUUGUGAUCAACUAGCCCCUCUUCAUUCAUUACAAAAUGAUUUCACUAAAGCAAUGCCACCAGCUUAUUCAGCUCUACUAAAUACAGAUAAAGCACAAAUACAUCACUCCCAAAUGCUUGCUCUCCUGGACAGAGUACUCUUUGUAAUUCCUCCUUUCCUUGAGUAAAUAAUAUUAAACAUCCUACAGUAGGUUUUAUUUAUGGUGUUGAUAUCCUUAUACCAGCUUUUUAAAAGUUGCAACAAACAAAAAAAUUAAAUUGUGU